AGGUACUAAUGAAUACGUGUGCUCUUCAUGAAUACUUUGUCCUUGACCCCUUGUCUCCAUCCAAAAAUAACGUUCAUUUUCAAACGAUCCAGUAUAAUACAGGACGAUCUUCAAUUUGUUCGCAGAAGAAGAAUGCUCCCUUUUCUCACGAAAAAUAGGGUGAAUAACAAUGCAAAAACUUAAACUUCUGAAUGCCUACAAAGUGAAUUCAAUCGAAAGACGAAAUGACGAAAGAUGGGCUAUACGUCUAAGUGUCUGACCAGUUGUAUAGACUACAACGCGCGCAGUAAAGCUCGUGCCUGACUGAUUGAACUUGCUUCCCUCUCACGGUUGGUCUCAGUGAAUUCGACUAUCGUUGUAGUUCACUACCGUAUUCUUCUUACACGUACUUCUUUCGUUGUACCAUAGAUACUACUAGCAGCACUCGCUUUUUGCUAGAAGAAUUGGUUGUGCUAGGAUACAACGUGUAUUAUUGUUCUACGCAACAUGUUCUGAGGACCAAGAUAGACCCAAUAGUAGGUGAAUAUACAAUAUGUAUUAUGAUGUAUGUAGGUGGGUCUUCAGAAUAAUGGUGGAGAAGCACUAGUAGUACUUGAACAUUCAAUCUUCUUGCAGCGACCACUUUAUAGCGUACCAGUCUAUUCUCUUUAUACCUGGUAUGAUAACUCUACUAGAGGUGUGUCUUAAUUGUAUGCGAACUAGAGGUAGAAAUUCAGACCCUAAUUCUAAUAUUGGCCUUUGAGAAAAGGCACUGUCUUAAAGUUGAUAUUGAUGGGGCUUGAGGUCAACAUUCCCCUGUUCGUAUUUGCCUCGUAGCCUAUCUAUCUUCAUCGACAGACAGAGUAGUACUUGAAGUCCGUGUGGACUUCACCCUAAUAGUUUUUCCCACGACUAAAUAUUUACCAUUACCACUACGACUACCCUAACCAACCCUACUUUUAUAUGAAUGCUCGUUUUGUUCGUAACUAGUACUACAGAUUGAAAGUGGAUUCUAGAAUUUAGGCAAGAUGUUCUUCAAACGUGCCCCGUCAGAGUCUCCAGCAUCCUCGCGGCAGUCGCCGAAGGAAAAACGUAUUUCUUUUAAAUUUCAAAAAUGAGCCUUUGUUUGGACAGCACCAAGCAACGCGAUUGAAAAAUGGAUUUUUCGGAGCUUGUAUGUCAUGUCCAACAUGUCUAACACAAUUUGAAGAUUUCCUAUCUCUCAUUCCCAAUACCAAUUUUCACAUCACAGUGGCGACUCAUCAUGAGGGUGGUUCCGACGCAAGCGAGAGUGACGUUGAGGAGCUCCAUCGAACGUCGGUGAAUCCUCAGCAAGGUGGGCGUAGUGUCGACGACUUAGCUACAAAUAAGCAGAGUCCACCUCCUGGCACGUCUUCUUCAGCGGAUAACAACACGACCUUGUCGUCCGGCAGCAAGGAGGAUUCUGGAGCACCACUGCGAUAUGGAAGGGCCGCGAUGAGCGAGUUCUUUACCGCGGGAACGCGACAUGCUGGUCCAGGGGGACGCGCUCUUGUGGACGUAGAUGGAAGGCCGAUCACUGACGCGACGUUUAUGGAUGAUGAGGAGGCGGCAGCAGAGGCGUUGGAGGAGGCCAAAAUUCUCGAAGCCGAGGAGUUCAUGGGUGCUCGCGUUCCAGGACACUCCCUGAAACCAAGCAGGGUAGGGGGAGCGAGUAGCGCGCCGAACCACAUCCGGGGCGGCCGGUCCGCUCCUCCCGGUGGUGCACCCAGUCUGAAUCAUCAGACUGUGCCGACGGCGGUGGACGUUGACCUCGACAAUGUAGGAGGAAGUGCGCCACUGGAGGAGGCAGGAGAUGAGCGAGAAACGGCAAACGGCGGUCUGGAGGAACGGCAAUUGAGCAGCGUAACCACGGAAGACGACGAGGAGGUGGAGUUCGUGGGGGACCGACGAGCCGUGGUUUCGGCUGUGUACCCGCGUCGAGGCGUUGCUUCGCAGCAUCGUGGGGCUUCGCUCGUAUCCCAGUCUUCAGCGCUGUUGCGUCAGCGGUCCGCGAGACAAGGCGGAAACAACGAUCCCGCACAGAACUCCGUAGUGGCACACGUGAACGACCCACGCGCAUCCCGCACUAGCGUGGAGUUGUACGAAGCAGAUGUGGUCGGCGGACGAGGGCACCGUGACGGCACGGCCUCCACUGGCCCAGUAGUGAUGCAUGCGGCUCCGCAGAAACAUCGGAAAGAGAAAGAUGGCACAAGAACUAGCGAUGUGCCCUCACCAACAGUGAUCAAACGCACAGCGAGUGCGAAUGUGCGAAAGGCGGCUGGAGGUGAGGUUCGCGCCAGCGGACGGCCCUCCUCGCAAAUAGUAGUGUAUCCUGACGGCGGGGACGCGGAAGGCGGACUAGGAAGCAGGCAAUCGUCAAGAGCAGUCGCGGAAAAUAACGUGGGUUUAGCCGUCGACGAGGAGCCCUUGUCGCGGCGCCUCCAGAGCGAGAUGAACAGCCGCACCAUGAGUGUCCAACAGCGCGUAGGGAAGGUGAGGAUGCCGGUUCCGAACAAGAAACCGCCACCGCAGGGUCGAUCACCGAAGCAGGGCCGCAAUUCUAGUGGAGGCCAAUCCAUGAUCAAUUUCGGGGAUCAGGCCAACAAAAUUAUGGCUUCGGGCAGCAGUCGAGGGAAUUCGCUGUCGCCGACAGCGUCGAAGCAGGCGACGGGAGUGUUUGUGCCAGGCGCCAUGACGCAUACCGCGGCGCAAGAGCAGCACGCGCAGUUCUUUCCGACGGUCUAUGGAGGACAGCUCCAACCUGGCGCCGCGCAGUUGAUCCCGGUUGUGGCGCCUGUGCAGACUUUCACAAUCCAAAGCGCGCCUCCAGUACAACAGCCGACUGUGCAGCAACACAGCAUUUUCCGAGAGCAACUCGAGAGCCAGCUUGGCAGUGCAGACGGCACGACUGAUAAGACGCGCGCUAACAGCGGGCCGCCUCCACCUCCUGUCGAGCCACCGCCGAGGGAGGACCAGCAGCAAGACGAGGGCGAAGACGAACCGCUCGUGCCUGGACGCAAAAUAAAUAGCAUCAAUCCGACGGGGGCAGUAUUACCACCAGGAGAACUGGACCUCACGGUUGGUGGCAAAGCUAAUAUCGUCGGGACGAUUGACGAGGCGGCGGUGCAGCAGCUUUGGAAUGCGGGAAGUGGAACCAUGUGGCCUCUCGCGACGACAACUGCUGGUAACUAUGACCCCUGGUUUGCGAAUUUAGAUAACUGCUGUUAUCCUUACAUACAUACAACAUAUAAUUUCGGCUUCAAGAUAAAAUCUAAGUAAUUCAACUACAAUUUUGAUAUUCCUGAUGUAUGGAAAUUUGCAAAACUAGAUGUAGGUCAGCGUGACACAAGACGAAUUAUUUCCAGGCUACCAAAGGGAAGACCAUGACAGCACUUGUGAUGAAGGAAGCAAGAAUCAAUAAUGAUUACAACAUUUAUUUUGUCGAAGAAAAAUGAAUAACUCCUCUCUACGUUAUCAGGCGGUACCACAUUGCUACCAGCGACGGGAGCAGCGGGUAUGCCUUACGCUGGGCAGACGACGUUUGUAAAUCCCGAUGGCACUACGACAACACUACCGGUGACGCUUAUGCCAUCGGGCUUUCCGACCUCAGGUGCUUCUUCGGAUGCACAAGCCAUGCUGCAGCUGAUGGAGGGGACGCCCAUAGCCGGCGCGGCACCAGGGCCUCUGUCGUGGAUGACACCAGCGUCCGCCAGCCUCGGGAUCACUCCCAUGUCCGGCGCAGCCGAUGAUGGGGACAUGCUCUUUCCCGCGGGCGCGCACAUUAAGAGCAGUGAGCAAGACGCAUUCUUUGGAGAUCAUGGAGUGGCACAGGACCCUGGAACAAACCAGAAUAAAAGUGGCCUUUCGACGCCGGGUAGUCGCGUGAUGUUGACCACGGGUGGCAGUUGCAGCGUGCUGACCACCGGGAAGCAACUCAUCCUGCCGGCACCGCCGUCGCUCAACGUGGGCGGCAUUUCCUACAGCGUCUUUUCGAGAGACGCUUCAGGCGUGGGCGCAAUGAUGGUUCCAGCACAGAGCAUGAAUCUAAAAGUCCCUGGACUGGGGAAAAAAGGUGCAGCGUGGGCCGCCGGAAAUACAGCGUGGGGCGGAAAUAACGGUGCCGCGAUAGGUUAUUGGGGCAAAGGAAAAGGCAAAGGUGCGAAAAAAGGCGCGUAUGAUAAUCAGAGCUACAACACUGGUGGUGCUGGUGCCGAUGCUAACUACGGAUCAGUUGCUGGCUAUGGUGCUGGUAAGGGACAGGAAGGCUACGCCACUGGCGGAAAAGGGUCGGUUAGGUGGGACGAUCAGUACAACUACUACCCGACGACCUGGGGUAACGGCUAUGACGGAAGCUGGGGCUACGCUGGCUAUCCCGGGUAUACCGAUGAGAUUCAAGCAGCACAGCAUAGCGGUGGAAAGCAAAGUAGCAAGGCAAAAGGCGGAAAGGCCGUCGCUGACGAUGCCGGGUCGAAAGAAAAGACGACCAAGGGAGGCGCUGCAGCAACGAAUGAAGCUGCAGCUGGAAACAAAAACAAUGCUAAGGAUAGCAGUAAGCCUCUUCAGGGCUCCCCCUAUAGUAACUUCAGCGCAUCCACGAAGGCAGCCACUGGAAAGCAGGCGAGCAAAGGUACGAAGGCCGCUGGUGGAAGUAACAAAACCAGUAAGCAAGCUACGAGAGGGAAAAUCGCUGCGAGCCCCCAAAAUGCCUCUACAACCUUGGAAAAGCAGGCGAAGAACGCGGGCGCAGCCGGUGCCUCCGGCACACCCUCCACUGCGACCUCACUUCCGGUGGACGCCGCGGACAAGAAACUGUUUGCCCAUCUUCUCGCCAAGGAGGGUGGCGGUGGGGAGCUGGGAGCCGCGACUACGGCGGACAAAAACGACGAUGGGGAGCAGACGGGGACCAGCGCAGCGACCACCACAGUAACCACUAGUACCAGUGCGAACAAGAAGGUGGACGCCCUCCAUCAAGCAGCCGCUAAGGGGUCCGCAACGGCUGGGAAGGGGUCCACGUCUACUGGUCGUAAAAAGAAGGCCAAACUGUCGAAGGGCCAGAAAGCGGCAAGAAAACUCCAAGUUCAACGAACGACCACCUGGCACUCUGAGGCCGCAACUAUGGGCGUCGUCGACGCGAUGGGUCAGUUCUUCAAAAACCAGAACUACGCAGGACGCCUCAGUGCGCUGAGUGAAAAUCAAGUGCGCACGGGAGGCGUGCACAGAUACUGUGUCUCCUUCCACUCCGAUCCGGAAUACAUGGCCCAAGCAGCGUCCUCGAACAAGAGCAAAGGCAGCACUUCUUAUAACACUGCCAACAAGGGCAAGAACACUUCUAGUAGCAACACUUCUGGUGGUGCUGUGGGGUCCGCCACAACUACGAACUCUUGUCUCUGCAACGCAGAUGGACUAGGCUUCGUAUUCUCUGACAAACUUCCGUGCACCAAGAACAUUCAGAAGAUCAACUCUGUCUUCCUGAACAAAAAAGGAGUGGUAUUUAUGCUCCACAUUUUCUAUCAUCUACGUUUUUAUGCUAGUUGGUAGUGUAGUGGUCUUCUAAACCCCUGGAGUGGGUACAUUCAUUCAUUCACCCAUCCCACGUGAAAGAAAACUUGACUUACAGACUUCAAGGUGUUUGAUCAUUUGGAUAGAAAGUCCAGGUCUGAAACCGAAUUUUUGAUGAAACGCUUCGAUUUGAUUCUAGGUAAAAAAAUCUCCUUCUCCAGAUACUGCCUAAUAAUGAAAAGUUGUUUAUUCGAAUGACAUGGAAUUAUCCAUCACAAUUUUGUCUUCCAGAUUAUGGUGCGCCUGCAAGACGAGUUAGGAGAUAAGCGAAAGGACGAGACCAAUAAGCUGCACAUACCUUUUGAGGAGGGAUCCGUUGUUUGGAUGCAGGUCGACCUGGAUCGAGCACGCGCUAUUUUCUGGCUGGGCUCCGAGGACGAUGAGAAGGACGGCUUUUUAAGGCUAGUUUUUUUUUUGGCGUUCCUACUACCGUUGUUUUUGACUUGACAUUUCUCAAGAACAAGACAGGUUUAGGGCAAAAAUAACGGGUAUUCAAAACUCACACCAAAUAAAGCGUAAGUAUCUCUCUAAUCUUUGUGUCGCCGCAGUCUCCUGGUAGUUCCAGUGCGCAGCCAGAGUCUUCGAGUAGCGACCCUGUCGAGAUUCAAGAUUACGAACGGGAUAUUCCGUGGGAGCGCGCUGUGCACCUGGAUUUCGCGAAGUACUUUGAGGAGAAGAACAUCCCCCUCGCCUGUGGGUUUCUCACUGUGGUGCUCAAAAAUCAAGGCUCCGGAUGCCGUCUGGUGUCGUAUCAACCCAUGCUGCCCCAAGUAGAUUCGAUAGCGUGGUCGCCGACAUCCGGCGAACAGCCAGGCUCCGCACCAGUAUCGGGUUCCUCAAAUGGCGAUAGCCAACAAGCCGGCGACAACGUCGAGACUGCGAAAAGUGCCGCUGCCCAGGUUGCGGGUGAUGCGACGACAGCCAGUAAACACCAAGAAGUGACCACGUCAGGAGGAGACUCGGAGGAUGGAGCCGAGACGCCAGAUGCAAGUCCUAAAAGAGAAGCCUGAAGAAAUCUCCAUGCUCCAAAAAAUUUUCUUUUCGAAAAGUAACAAAUUCUCCUAGAAUUCUAUACGUAAACGCAUUUUGAUCUUCUAUUACAGGAAGAAGAACCUCCUCCCUAUAUUACAAGUAACGGAAGACAAUAGGAUAACUAUCUCUACCACGAAAGAUAUGAAAGUUGUGCUCAACAAGAACUCGCUCACAUGAUGAACUUCCAAUGGGAUGCAUGUAGUAAGACUAUGUGUUGCCGAGAUCUUCAGAUAACACGCUAGCACAUUGUGCCCUCGAUAUGUUCAUGACCAUCCGCAAGGUGGUCUGCGGGGAAUCCGCGCCCCGACCAACCCAUGUUGCAUUUUUAGUAUAUCACUGAAUCCUUCUAUUCAACUAGAUUAUGUUGUAUGAAAUGUUAGCUAGAUCAUUCCAUGGAGACACUCAUGGAAUCGAUGCAUCUUGAAGGUGACUCACAAGGGAACUCAAGAGCGACGAGUCGUAUAUUUCAAAUUGGGGAAAACUGCUAAAAUUUACGGAUGGAAAACCUUGAAAUGAAAUUGUGGACUUGGUCAUCCGCGAGUCGUCGACAAGGAUACUUGCAAGCGUAGUUUUGAAUACUAAGUAAGAUGCAAAUGAAGAACGAAAUUUCUGAAUGUGAUUCAACGAACAUGAAAGAAAGGUAAUCAACACUUCUGGGGAACAAUUGCUAUGUGGGGUUAUGUAGAAAACUUCUAGAAUGGACGCAAUACGAGAUGGGGUUGUUUUUGCGCGACAAAAUGUGAAAUAAUUUUUACGCACACGCGAAGUACUACGUUUUUGAAGAU